ACUGACACUGCCAGUAGUAGUAGUAGUACGGCAGUAGGGCGAUCGACCCUUCAUCAUAGGAUCUCCACUAACUAACUUCCGCCUGACAAACCCCAAGAUCGAGGCGAGUAUCGACAGAGCUACAGUAGAGAGUACUACAAUCAGUCAUGUACAAGUCCUGUCAAAUUUUUUCUCGGAUCGCGGAGUCAACCUGUUCCGAGUUACUGCCGUCAAGCCGUGGCAACUGUCGUCUGCUCUCGCAGUAAUACCUUUGCAAGAACCAUGUCAGAGAAAAUUGACGUUCAGGGCCCGGAUCCGGAGCGACCGGCCACCGUAGUGCGCUCCACAAAUGUCCAGUUUCAGAGUAGCUUUGUGAGCCGCGACAAACGCGGCAAGGUGCUGGGUAGCGAAUUCCGCGGCUGCACUGUUUGGUUCACUGGCUUGUCAGGAGCGGGCAAGACGACAGUGAGUUUCGCUCUGGAGAGCUACCUAGCCUCGAGAGGCAUCUACUGUUAUACACUGGAUGGCGAUAAUGUCAGACAUGGACUCAACAAAGAUCUGGGAUUCUCCGCUCAGGAUCGUACGGAAAACAUCCGACGCAUCGGUGAGGUAGCGCGCCUGUUCGCCGACGCCGGUCUCGUGUGCCUGAGCAGUUUCAUCAGCCCGUUCCGGCAGGAUCGGGCCCAGGCGAGGAGAAUCCACGAGCAGAGCGGACUUCCGUUCAUUGAGGUAUACAUGGACACACCCCUGGAGGAAUGCGAACAACGGGACGUGAAGGGAUUGUACAAGAAAGCUCGCCAGGGACUGAUCAAGGGCUUCACUGGCAUCGACUCGGCGUAUGAGGCCCCUCUGGAGGCGGACGUUGUGCUGAAAACAGCGGAGAAGAGCGUAGAGGAAUGCGUGGCGCAGGUGGUGGAACACCUGCGCAAGCGUGGUAUUCUACCGUAUUCUGUGGUGAAGACAGUGCGCGAGCUGUUCAUUCCUCAAGACCAGCUUGCGGCAGCUAUAGAGGAGAGUGCCACGCUGAAGCGCGUUCACCUGACUACGCUUGACUUGCAAUGGGUGCAGGUGCUGAGCGAAGGCUGGGCAUCACCUCUGUCCGGGUUCAUGCGAGAGAAAGACUACCUGCAGUGCCUGCAUCAUAACAUCAACACGCGGCAGGGAAGCGUCAACCAAUCGGUGCCCAUCGUGCUGCCGAUAUCGGGUGAGGAUCGCGAGCGCAUCGCCGGCGAAAACGCCGUGCUCCUCGUCCACGACGAGAAGCCGAUUGCCAUCCUGCGCGAUCCCGAAGUGUACGCUCACCGUCAGGAGGAGAGAAUGUGCCGCCAGUGGGGGACAGCAUGCCGCAGUCACCCCUACGUCAAGAUGAUGUUCAAGGCCGGAGACUGGCUACUGGGUGGCGAGCUGGAGGUCUUGGAGCGCGUUCGCUGGGACGACGGUCUGGACUCGUUUCGCCGCACUCCCAACGAGCUGCUGAGCGAGUUUUCGCGGCGCGGUGCCGACGCGGUGUUUGCCUUCCAGCUGCGCAAUCCCAUCCACAACGGGCAUGCAUUGCUGAUGGCUGAGACGAAGACACGCCUGAUUGCGCGGGGCUACAAGAAACCAGUGCUGCUGCUGCAUCCGCUGGGCGGCUGGACCAAGGCAGACGAUGUGCCGCUGCACGUGCGCAUCGAGCAGCACAAGGCCAUACUCCGCGAGGGCGUCCUGGACGUGGACACCACCGUCCUCGCCAUCUUCCCCUCACCCAUGAUGUACGCCGGUCCCACCGAGGUGCAGUGGCACGCCAAGGCGCGCGUGGCCUGCGGCGCGCAGUUCUACAUCGUCGGCCGCGACCCGGCCGGCAUGGCCAACACGGAGACCGGCGUGGAUCUGUACCAUGCAGAUCACGGCCGUGAGGUGCUCAAGAUGGCGCCUGGUCUACCGCAGCUGGAGAUCGUGCCGUUCAAGGUGGCCGCCUACAACGUCCAGGAGAAGCGCAUGACGUUCUUCGACCCGGCGCGCAAGGACGACUUUGAGUUCAUUUCCGGCACCAAGAUGCGCCGGCUGGCGCGGGAUGGCCAGGAGCCGCCGGAUGGUUUCAUGGCACCGGAAGCGUGGAAAGUCCUGAAGGCGUUCUACCAGUCCAGCCACGCUAGUAAGUCGUGAUGAGUUCUACAUGUUACCGUUAGGCUGGCAGCUGUCCCUCUUUUUACAAUUCUGCGCUGCGGAUCGGCGCUGUCUUUGUCGAGUUAGAGGCGCUGAUUUUUUUCGGUUGCUGCACGUCUGAGUAUCCCUAGUCUGUUGCAUUGAUUUUUUUACUAGACUUCCGCAGACUGUGGAACUUGUCACAUGGUAUCCCCAGUGACUGAUACUGCAGCAGCAACACCCAUCACCAUAGUUCUAUAAUUUGACAGUAGGCUGAAUAUUCUCCUUUCCGCACAAUGCUCAAUGCCACCAUAGCUGAAAGAGCGUCCUUACCAACAGGACAGAACAAGGUUUUACUUGCUUCUUGAUUUCACGCUGUGCACUCUUCAGCUCAAAAGAUUCUAACAGACACAGUGGGAAACUCAAGAACUUGCGGCAACGUAAACCUGCUUUUGUUUAGUCUCUCUCUCUCUCUCCCUCUCUUUUCUAAUUUCAUUAUCCAUAAAAUUUAGCUUUGCAUGAGUUUGCGUUUAAACCUUUCCAAUUUUCCAAUUCGUCUAGAACGGUAGAACACAGACCGGAACAUAUCCACAGGGAUUUUUGUGCCUUUGCACUUAUCUACUGAAGGAUUUUUCGAUGGUUUUCAUUCUCAUAAUAAAUUCAAUUCAGAAGGAUUUUCUGGCAUACUCUGGGAAUAUUUCCUCUCGCUUCCUUUUAUUUAUUUUUUUAACUGUUAAUAUAAAUCCAGGUGUUGUGUCAAAACAA